AUGCCCGCUAUCGAUGCUUGGUUCUUUGGUGCCAGUGCGUCCACAGAGUCUGGCUUGAACACUAUCGACGUCAAGGAUCUCAAGACGUACCAGCAGCUCUACAUUUACUUCAUUCCUAUCUUGACAAACCUGGGCUUCAUCAACAUUGUGGUAGUUAUCGUGCGCCUCUUUUGGUUCAGGAGGCACCUGAAGCGUCUUGCCCCUCAAAGCGUCGACAACAGCACUGGUGCACCUGAUAUCGAUAUUGAGAGUGCUCAUCAUGAGUCAAAGGUCCUUGCUGAUACGGCCGAAAUCUCUGCCGAAGCCGCUCAUGACCCAAAUGGUAAAGCUAAAGCCAGAGAUGACCACAUUGAAGAGGAUGCUACAAUUUCGGAUGAAGACAGGCCAGUGGCCCGUACCAUGACUAUAACCUUUGAUCCAUCCACCGAAAAGCACAAGGAAGACACUGCCCUAUAUAUUCCUGGCCCCCGAGCUCGCGACCGUGGGUACCCAAUUGCUCCCAGAAGCCAGGGAGCCGCGGGUCCAGACGACAGUGAUGAUGAUGAUGCCAUCAAAUCUGCACCUAGUAAAGUUCAGGACGACGGAAGCUCCUCCAUGCGUCGUCGUCGACGCUUUAGUAAUGACGAUGGUCUAAAGAUCACAGUUUCCCGCUCCAUGGAUCAAGUUGCCGGCGUGGCAGCUUCGUUCUUGGUUCUGGGAUCACAGACCGAGCCUCAGCCUCGGCCCGUUUCUUCAAACUCUCACCGACAGCCUGCCAUCAACGACAUCCCUUUCCUCUCACGCCAAGCUACGCUCGGACGGAACUCACAGUUCAAGAACCUUACGUCACAUGAUCGAGAGAUUCUUGGUGGUAUUGAGUAUAGGAGUCUUAAGUUGUUGCUAAAGAUAGUAGUGGUUUACUUCUUUGGCCUUCAUAUCUUUGGUGCAGUUUGUCUCGUCGGCUGGAUCCAUACUGCAGAUAAGCAGUACGCGGAUAUCCUGCAAUCAAGUGCACAGGAUAAGACCUGGUGGGGCAUCUACUCCGCUCAGACAAUGCUCGAUAACCUGGGCUUUACUCUCACUCCGGACUCGAUGAUCUCUUUCCGAACGGCUAAGUGGCCUAUGAUCCUCAUGAGCUUCCUUGCAUUCGCUGGGAACACGCUAUAUCCUGUCUUUCUGCGCCUGAGCAUCUGGAUCAUGUCAAAGCUGGUACCAAAGACCUCACCUACACAGGAGUCUCUCGCAUUCCUGCUCACUUAUCCUCGUCGAUGCUACACAUUGCUCUUCCCUAGCGGUCCAACAUGGAUUCUCUUCGGUAUCAUCUUCGCUCUCAACUUCAUCGACAUUCUUCUCAUAAUAGUUCUUGACCUCUCCAAUCCCGAAGUCGCCUCUCUUCCACUUUCUCAACGCAUCCCAGCGGCUAUCUUCCAGGCUGCAUCGGCGCGCCAUACCGGUACUGCUAGCUUCAAUCUUGCCAACGUCAGCCCCGCCGUGCAGCUCAGCUUACUGAUCAUGAUGUACAUCGCUGUUUUCCCCAUCGCGAUCAGUAUUCGCGCUUCAAAUGCUUAUGAGGAAAAGUCCCUUGGUCUUUGGGAAGAAGAGAAGUCUCUGGACGAGAAGCACAGUAAGACUUAUCUCUUGACGCAUAUGAAGAACCAGCUUGGCUUCGAUCUUUGGUAUAUUUUCUUGGGAACUUUCUGUAUCUGUAUUUCUGAGUCGACAAGGAUCGCGGAUGUCAACGAGCCUGCUUUCUCGGUAUUUUCAGUCUUGUUCGAAGUUACCUCUGCAUACGGAAAUGUUGGACUGAGUCUUGGGUACCCGACAGUUAGCACCUCACUAUGUGGCAUGUUUGGAACCUUUGGAAAAGCAGUCGUCUGUCUGAUGAUGAUUCGAGGGCGUCACCGUGGAUUGCCAUAUGCCCUAGAUCGUGCCAUAAUGCUCCCCACUGGACAGAUUGCUGAGAACUGA